AAAAGAAAAAAAAAGAAAAAGAAAAUAAUGAUAAUAAUAGAAAAGACAUUUAAGUUUUACAGAGUGUGUUGAAAAACAAAAACAAACUCGUACUUCCUUGUGGCUUUAAAAGUUUGCCCGGAGAGUGUUUCCCGCCCCGUCCCCGCCAGGCCGGCCGUGAUGUCAGAGUACUCUGACUCUUCCAUCUCGUCCGUCUCUCUGGUGGAGAUCAAGACUGAGACGCGUCUAGUCCUCAAAGCCUUCCUCAAUCGGACGCUGUCUAUCCCCCUGACGGAGAGGCCUGGCAGAGUGGGAGGUACCUACAAGAGCAGUGCUAGCUUCAAGCCACAGCCAAAGCAGAAUUAUGGGUCAGCUCCGAAGGCUCAAAGUGUCAGUUCUGCAGACGAGAAGAAGACUGGAUUCAGGGACUUGGUUAAACAGCUCCCUCGUCGCAAGACCAAGAGCAAACCGUCACGCCUCAGAGGGCAAACAGAGGAUGAUGCCAUAUCCCCCUCCUCCACAUCGGAAGAUGAUGACAAUGAGAAGAAGCUGAACCAAAAGAAGAUAAAAAGAAAGAUCUCCAGGUUCUUCAGGAGAAAGUUAGAGAAGCAGAAGGAAAGAGAUGGGGCUGGAUCUCAUCCGCAAAGGCCCAACACACUUCCCAUUAACAAACAUCCGGGGCCUUUGCCGACCAUAGUCUCUCCCAAACACCCUCCUGAGUUCUUUGAUGAAGUAGCAGGGAAACUGGAUAAGAUUGCCCACGAGUCCACCUGCAGUAAGAAACUGAGCCCUCCAGCACAGCCAGCGUGUGAGAAAGAUGCAGUGGUGCACCGGCUUGUUGAGCUGCUCUCUUUGGAGGGAGAUUCUAUGAACACUAAGAUCAAUUCAGACCCCUUCCUGCGCUCCAGCUUAUCACGUCUCUCCUACGCCACAUUUGCUAAGCUGCUGGAUACCUUCAGCAGCAGUCAAGUGUCCGAGGCCAGCACCCUGCCGCCGACGGCCAGUCUGACGCUGAAACGCAUGGCUGUUUCCAUGGAGGUAUCACGGCGGAUAGUGACAACCACAGGUACCCAGCGCAUGCAAGGCUAUGCAGAGUGCUACAUGGAGUCCUUUGCCCCCUGGGUCCAGAACCAUGGAGGAUGGGAAAAUGUGGUAGACAUGGAGGAGUUCGACUGAGUUCGCAGAGUUCCUCGAUCUCAGCUACCCGCGGCUCGACACCGAGCUCUGGACACCAUGAGUGAAGUGUGGAGAGAUGAACGGAUCUUACUCUGCUCUCUUACAUGGGUGAGCCGGCCCAUAGACUCGUCUCCACUGUGACAGUAUUCCAGAAGCUUUGUUUGAGGGUGUUGACCCCAACAUACAUGUGGGAGUAACCAUAGCUUCUAGGAACUUCACUUGGAAGGUGAGAUGCUCACCAAGGUUCAACACAGCCUCUGCCUAUGUGAACAAAAGGAAGGUUCCUCAGACCGCUGGAAUGAAGCAUUCUGUCACUGUCAAGAGUCCUGACAGGUAUUUGUUGGUACACAGAAGAACUGUAAUCAAUACAUGAGUUGAAGGUUUAGCUGUUUUGUCACUUUUCUUUUUUUUGUUGUUUUGUCUUUUUCAUGAAAAAAAUCAUGAAAAUAAUUCAGAUCAAAUGUAAACAAACAUAUUUUGAAUUGUACAAAAAAAAAUAGCCUACUGACUUUGUUUCUUUGCCAUAAUUUAUUUAUGAUGUACAGCUCUGGAAAAAAUUAGGAGACCACUGCAAAAUGAUCAGUUUCUCUCGUGUUAGUAUAUUUAGGUAUGUGUUUGAGUAAAAUGAAUACUCAUAUGAUGCAUAUGAUAUUUUAUCCUGUUAACUACCGACAACAAUAUUGUCAUUCAGAGCAUUUACUUGCAGAAAAUGAUAUUUGGUCUGAAUAACAAAAAAAGACGCAGUUUUUGCCAUCCAGCUGGUCCUAUUGCAAGAGGACAGUGAUGACCACAGCAGUGGUUCUUAGACUGUUCCUCGUUAAAUUAGAUAUGGUUCAGGUGAUCACCUACCUCGUUAAGUAAAAUGAGGUGCGCUUGUGCUGGAAUUCAACAGAGACUGGAAUGAAAUGGCUGUCAUACAUGUAGAGAUGCUGAUUUCAGCUUCUCUUAAUUUUUUUUCCAGAGCGAUAUAUAGUUUUUUACUAUAGUUUUUUUUUUUAUAGUUAACUUGAGUGACAGACAGCAGCGAUAUGGUUUAAAAAUAAUUCUGACUUGAAUUUUUGUUUACAGUUUCACUUGGACAUCGAAUAAAGAUAACAGCAAGCCAUCAAUGCAAUGUCUUUUUACUUGCUGCACACAAGAAACAAUGUUUCCCCUUCGCACCGAAUGCAAAGGACUUUUUUGUACAUCCAAAGCUGGACAUGCCGGUUCACUGCAGCCUGCUUCUCUGUGCAAGUCACCCUGUGGCCUUGUGACAUUUGACAUUUUGUUUCUCUCUCAGGGUUCGUGCCUAUGAGGGCUGCACGAUAUGGUGAAAAGGAAUCAGAAAUGUUGCAUUAAGGCGUCCCCACCAGAGGUCCCCACUGUGCUGCCAAAGGGCCAGAAAGAAGCCAGGAGGAGGCCAGAACCCACCCCACCUCCGAGGGCAACAUUGUCUAACCUCACAUCCCAUCGCCUGGGACAGGAAACAAAUACAUAAAGAAAUCAAAUGAAUAAGUAAAACAUAGGUACAAUAGAGGGAGAAGCUCCACCACGCACACAGAUGAGACGUUGACUUUGAGUUACAAAAC